AGAAGAAGAAGAACCCUCAGUGGGUUUUGUUUUCUUUCUCUCCUUUCAAUCGUGUCUCUCAAAAUGCAACUUCAUAUAUCCCCGAGCUUGCGCCAUGUAACGGUCUUCCCUGGUAAAGGGGUAAGGGAUUUUAUCAAAGUAAAGGUCGGUUCUAGAAGGGUUUCGUAUCGGAUGGUCUUCUAUUCUCUUUUGUUCAUCACUUUCUUACUUCGCUUUGCUUUCGUUUUGACCGCAAUGGAAACCAUCGAGAACGAAAACAACUGUUCCACUAUAGGUUGCGUGGGGAAGAGGAUUUGGAGAAGAAAGCCGGAGUCGAUGAAUGUCCCAGAAGAGAUAUAUCGAAUCUUAGAAGAGAGUGGAGAUGAAUUAGAAGAGAUUAAAGGAAGAUCAGAGGUUCCACAGUCGCUAGAGGAGUUUGUAGCAGAGAUGAAGAGCAGCAAAUCCGAUUUGAAGACCUUCUCUGUGAAGCUAAAGGCUUUGGUGUCUCUACUGGAGGAAAAGACUCGAGCAGCCAAGAUCCAAGAAUACCUGUACCGUCAUGUAGCAUCAAGUAGCAUACCAAAGCAGCUACAUUGCCUGGCCUUAAGACUGGCCAACGAGCACUCCACCAAUGUUGGCGCACGGCUCCAACUCCCAUCCCCAGCGUUCGUACCUUACCUAGUAGACAACUCAUUCUUCCACUUCGUGUUGGCAUCCGACAAUGUCCUGGCAACCUCCGUCGUCGCAACAUCUCUCCUUCGCAACUCGUUGCACCCCGAGAAGGUUGUGCUUCACAUCAUCACCGACCAGAAAAGCUACAACUCCAUGCACGCCUGGUUCUCCCUCCACCCCUUAACUCCUGCCAUCAUUGAAGUUAAGGGUUUGCACCAUUUCGAUUGGUUUACCAAGGGAAAGGUCCCUGUGUUGGAAGCAAUGGAGAAGGAUCAGAGAAUUCGAUCAGAAUUCAGAGGUGGAUCAUCUGCAAUUGUUUCAAAUAACACCGACAAGCCUUAUAUCAUUGCAUCCAAGCUACAAGCUCUUAGUCCCAAGUAUAAUUCCGUCAUGAAUCACAUACGUAUACAUUUGCCUGAGCUAUUUCCCAGUCUUGAUAAGGUUGUCUUCUUAGAUGAUGAUAUCGUGGUUCAAACUGAUCUCUCACCUCUUUGGGAUAUUAAUAUGAGAGGCAAAGUCAAUGGAGCAGUGCAAACAUGCCAUGGUGAUGAUAAGUUUGUCAUGUCCAAGAGAUUUAAGAACUACUUGAAUUUCUCACAUCCUUUGAUAUCAGAGAAUUUCGAUCCCAAUGUAUGUGCUUGGGCAUACGGCAUGAACAUCUUCGAUCUAAAGGCUUGGCGGAAGACAAAUAUCAGUCAUACCUACCAUUACUGGCUUCAAAAGAACUUAAAAUCAGAUUUGAGUCUUUGGCAAUUGGGGACAUUACCCCCUAGUCUAAUAGCGUUCCAUGGUCAUGUUCACAUCAUCGAUCCGUUUUGGCACAUGUUGGGGCUUGGAUAUCAAGAUAACACAACCACUGCAGAUGCUGAAAGAGCUGGUGUAAUUCACUUUAAUGGCCGAGCAAAGCCUUGGCUUCAAAUAGCCUUUCCGCAGCUCCGACCUCUUUGGAUAAAGUAUAUUGACUUCAAUGAUAAAUUCAUCAACAAAUGUCAUAUCAGAGCUUCAUAGCUUGUACAUAUAUAUUACAGAUAUGAAUAGAGCUGCAAUGGAAAAGCGGAAACGAGUGGUUGAGUGUUCAUGGAGCUUUGACAAUGAAAGGAAGGUGAAGUGAGGGAAAGGAGGGUUGAACGACAAGUUCUAUAAACUUUGCUUACUCCUGGUUCUCUAAUUACUUUCUAAAGGAGAGAAACUCUGAAGUUUUUUACCAUACUUUUCUAUGCAAAAGGGAAGAAUCUGUCGAGAAAAAUUGUUCAUAGGAUUCAAGGUCUAA